AUGGAAGCGAUGCGGAGUCCUAGAGAUGCCUUGAUGGAUAAAUGCAAGGUGACUGUGACGGAUAUUAGACUGGAUGCACACAAACGCAGCAGCAUGCCAACAGGCUCGCCAGCCGGACAAGGACUGCUUGCUUUGCCCAAAGAAGUUUUGGAGACGCUGGGCCGCCUGGCAGCUGACACGCUGGCGCUCCGAGCUUUCAGUCCUACCAAUUCGUUAGGUUCAAGAGGGGAUGCGCUUGAGCUGCUAGAACGACUUGAUCAGGAGCUCGACAGGACUUACAAGAAGUUCUAUGAGUUUGUGUACCAAGAUUUGCCGUACUGCUGGCGUCAACUAUACACAGACCUUAGUCUUCUUAAAUUAAGUUGUAUCGUCGCCUCAUCGCCACUACAUGAACCCACGAGUCCAGCCAGUGAUGGACCUGCAUCAACUCUGCUAAGCGACCGCGACCUCAAUCAGGCCGUGAAGGCGCUGGACAAGGCACUGAUCCUGGCCGGCGGCGCUGGCAUCACGCGUGGGAGGCAGUCAGCUGAGUGCUUCCUGCAGCUUCUUGAGGACGCGGCGGUGGACCACACAAAGUCAGACAACGACAGUGAAACCCGUCCUUCCAAAAGGCCACGGCUGGAUACCGGGCCAUCAUGUUCUGGGUCAUGGGAUAGCGAACGGUCGUUCCCUGAGAGUCGCAUCUUCGAACCAGUCCUUCGACACCCUAUGGAAAACUUCCACCAGAUAUCCAUGCAGAAGUUCCAGCAGUACAUGGACGAAGGUACCUCACGCGGCCCGAACGGGCUCUUGCCUUUCGUUGUCAAAGGGCUCAUGGAUGACUGGCCCGCCAUGACGACCAGGCCGUGGCGUAAGCCCGAAUAUCUCCUCUCAAGGACCUUUGGCGGUCGAAGGCUCGUUCCGGUAGAGGUCGGGCGCACCUACGUCGAUGAGGACUGGGGCCAGGAGCUCAUCACCUUUCGAGAGCUGCUUGAUAGGCUCGAAUGCCCCGAAGCGCCCAGCACAUCCGAGGUCCGCGAUGAUGGUAUUCAAAAGAAGACUACCGAGUCUAUCGAUCCGAAGCCGGUCAGCUACCUAGCUCAACACGAGCUCUUCACGCAGCUCCCCGUCCUCCGCAAUGACAUACCGACCCCAGACCUCUGCUACACCAGCCCACCACCACACCCUCUAUCUCGCGAACUUGACAAGCCGGAAACGCCACUCCCCCUGAUCAACGCAUGGCUGGGCCCGGCCGGCACCAUCACACCCCUUCAUACGGACGCCUACCACAACCUCCUCGCCCAGGUCGUUGGCGCCAAGUACGUCCGGCUCUACUCGCCCCAUGAUACCGAGGCGCUUUGUCCGCGAGGCGAGGAUGACCAGGGCAUCGACAUGCACAACACAAGUGCGUUCGACGUCGGCGUGAUCGAAGGCUGGGAUGAGUUACCCGACGGCGAGGAGGCACGGGAUGCGAUCGAACUGGAGGAGUUCAGGAGCCUGAAGUACUGGGAGUGCAUCCUGGAAGAGGGGGACAUGCUCUACAUCCCCAUCGGAUGGUGGCAUUACGUGAGGAGCUUGAGUGUCAGUUUCAGCGUGAGCUUCUGGUGGAAUGGAGAUCACUUCAUCGCCAACAAUGGGAGUGCUGCCGAGGACAGCGCAUGA